AUGCCCAUCAAAAAGAUUCUCCUCCUCAACGGACCCAACCUCAACCUCCUCGGAACGCGUGAACCCCACAUCUACGGCUAUGACACCCUCGCCUCUAUCGAAUCAUCUCUCAGCACCUACCUCUCCUCACUUACUCCCUCCGUCGAGCUUCUAACCUUCCAAAGUAACUGGGAAGGUGCACUCAUUGAUCGGAUUCAUGAAGCCCGUACUGAUGGAACGGAUGCUAUUGUGAUAAAUCCCGCUGCUUUCACACAUUAUAGUGUUGCGCUGAGAGAUGCUUUGACUGGUGUUGAUAUUCCGUUUGUGGAAGUGCAUAUAAGUAAUGUGCAUAAGAGGGAGGAAUUUCGUCAUAAGAGUUUUUUGAGUGACAAGGCGGAGGCGGUUAUUUGUGGGUUGGGUGUUUUUGGAUAUAGGGCGGCUGUGGAGUGGUGUGUUGGGUAUUUGAAGGAGAGACCGAAGUUGUAA